CGUUUUCUCCAACCGCAGACCCUAUCAGAUUUGGCUAUGUCCUUCAUAUUUGACUGGAUUUACAGUGGUUUCAGCAGUGUGCUACAGUUUCUAGGAUUAUAUAAGAAAACUGGUAAAUUGGUAUUUCUUGGAUUGGAUAAUGCAGGAAAAACAACAUUGCUACACAUGCUAAAAGAUGACAGACUUGGACAACAUGUGCCCACGUUACAUCCCACUUCAGAAGAACUAACCAUUGCUGGCAUGACCUUUACAACUUUUGAUUUGGGUGGACAUGUUCAAGCUCGCAGAGUGUGGAAAAACUACCUUCCUGCUAUCAAUGGCAUUGUAUUUCUGGUGGAUUGUGCAGACCAUGAAAGGCUGUUAGAAUCAAAAGAAGAACUUGAUUCACUAAUGACAGAUGAAACUGUUGCUAAUGUGCCUAUACUGAUUCUUGGGAAUAAGAUUGACAGGCCUGAAGCCAUCAGUGAAGAGAGGUUGCGAGAGAUGUUUGGUUUAUAUGGUCAGACAACAGGAAAGGGCAAUGUAUCUCUGAAAGAACUGAAUGCCCGGCCCUUAGAAGUUUUCAUGUGCAGUGUGCUCAAAAGACAAGGCUACGGAGAAGGCUUCCGCUGGAUGGCACAGUACAUUGAUUAACACCAGCCCACAUCAGUUCCAGGUCUCACCAUUCAGGCCUACUCAGAGAUUUGAUCACUCAACAUGCAUAACUUGAAUUCAAUAGACUUUUAUUGUUGGUUAGAAAACAGAUGUUUUUUAGAUUAUUAAUAUUUUAUCAACUUAAUUUGAGUGAGAAUUGAAAACUGAUUCAAAUAAGUUUGAAUAUCACAUAUUAGCUUUCUAAUUCCAUAAAAAUACUUAGUUUUUACAGUUUAUAAUGUGACAUUACCCCCAGCACCAUUUUUGAACAGCAACUUUCCAGACAACAUUUGAAGCACUUUUUAAUAACAUGAAACUACAACUAUCAACCAUAUUUAAAAGCUCAUCAUGUUAAAUUUUUUAUGUAAUUUUUGGAACUAGUUUUUAAAUUUUAGAUUAUAUGUCCACCUAUCUUUAGUAAGCAGUUAAUAAUAAGCUUUUAUGACUGCAUGAUGCCUUACAGUUUCAAUUGUUUUUUUCUCAUGCAAACGUCAUGCAAUAAAACAAACCCUAGUGUUUGGCAUCCUU